CAGUCCUAAGCCCCUACAUCGCGUCGAGCCACGGAGUUGGUUGGAGUAGGCUCUUUACCUCUCUUCACGGUUGAACCUUCGGUAUAACGCGUCCAACACUCUCAAUCACUGGCUAACCUGUUAUAACGAAAAAAUAACCUAUUUCUCUGUGCAAUCCAGUAACCAGUUGAUUGGCAUCGAGACAAACCGUUGGAAGGUGUGUCGUUGUGUUGUUUGACGUGUUUCAAAUUGUGAUUGAUUAGUGGUUGGGAGGAGAGUUUGUGUGCGGCGCGCCUCACAGAACAAGGACAGACAGCUAAAUCAAGAAGAUAAGGUGUGGAAAUGGAUUUCGACAACAUGGCCAUCGACAGUCGCAUAGAACUCCUGAAGGAGUUUCAAGCGGUUGAUGAGAAUGGAGAUGGCUUCAUUGACCUGGCAGAGCUGCACAGCGCGUUACAUAUUUGUGGAUUUAAAAUGCCAGGUUACAAAGUCCGUCAGAUGAUCGAGGAAUACGACGACAAACAGCAUCUCCAGCACAAAGGCCGUCUCUCCUUCGAGGAAUUCGAGGAGCUAUGCAGAGACUUGAAAGCCAAGGAGCUCGGAUCUACAUUUAAAGCUGUUGUAUCGAAAAAAGAAAAUUUGGAGACACUCGGUGGAAUAUCCGAGGCAUCCAGUGAAGGCACUACUCACUCUGUGAGAUUAGAGGAGCAAUUGGCCUUCAGUGAUUGGAUCAACACAAAUCUUGGUCACGAUCCAGAUCUCAAACACUUGUUGCCUAUCGAUUCAGAAGGGAGACUGCUCUACGACAAAGUCAAGGAUGGUAUCCUUCUGUGCAAAAUUAUCAAUCAUUCCUGUCCAGAUACGAUCGAUGAGCGUACGAUAAAUAAAAAGAAUCUGACUCUCUACAAGAAGCAUGAAAAUUUGACAUUGGCCUUGUCAUCAGCUCAGGCAAUAGGAUGCAACAUAGUAAAUAUCGAUGCCCACGAUUUGACAAAGGGCUCACCCCAUUUGGUUCUUGGUCUCCUCUGGCAAAUUAUCCGAAUCGGUCUCUUCAAUCAAAUAACACUUGAAAAUUGUCCCGGCUUGGCUACACUUCUUCUGCAUGGUGAGAGGAUCGAGGAUCUUCUCAAACUCUCACCAGAGGCUAUUUUGCUUCGUUGGGUGAAUCAUCAUCUGGAUAAUGCUAAUAUCGGCAGAAGGUGCUACAAUUUUCAAUCAGACAUCACAGACUCUGUGGUUUAUUCUCACUUAAUCAAACAAAUAGCCCCCAACAGUUCUAAUGUUACACUAGAGCCUCUGAUGGAGCCUAAUCACAUGACUAGGGCUGAGAUAAUGCUACAGCAGGCUGGAAAAAUUGGCUGCAGGAGUUUUGUGACGCCCAGUGAUGUCGUCAAUGGAAUUUACAAACUCAAUCUUGCCUUUGUUGCUAAUUUGUUUAAUAAUUAUCCUGGUCUGGACAAGCCGGAGACGAAUAUUGAGGGUUUGGGGUCUCUGGAGGAGACACGAGAGGAGAAAACGUACAGGAAUUGGAUGAACUCGAUGGGAGUGUCGCCCCACGUCAACUGGUUGUAUUCAGAUCUUGCUGAUGGUCUGGUUAUCUUCCAGCUGUACGAUAUCAUCAAGCCUGGAACAGUCAAGUGGCCGAAGGUUCAUAAAAAAUUUACCAAACUUCGAAAGUUCAUGGAGAAAUUGGAAAACUGCAAUUAUGCUGUGGAGUUGGGAAAGCAAAUGAACUUUUCCCUCGUUGGAAUUGCAGGACAGGAUAUCAAUGAUGGAAAUGCAACCCUCACGCUUGCUCUUAUUUGGCAGUUGAUGAGAUCCUACACCUUGUCAUUGCUAUCCAGCCUUGCUGGUACACCUGGCAGUGCCAUCGUCGAGAAAGAAAUCGUUCAGUGGGUCAAUUCGAAGCUCCAAGCUGCUGGCAAACCGAGCAGCAUCAAGGGUUUCCAGGAUUACGCCAUCGCUGAUGGGAGACCACUCAUCGAUCUUAUUGACGCUAUAAAACCGGGGAGUGUUAACUAUGAUCUCGUCAAGUCGACUGGAACUGAAGAGGACAACCUAGAUAACGCUAAAUACGCUAUAUCUCUGGCAAGAAAAUGUGGUGCACGUGUCUACGCACUUCCAGAAGACAUCGCUGAAGUGAAACCCAAGAUGGUAAUGACAGUAUUUGCUUGUCUGAUGGCGAAGGAUUAUGUACCCAACAUGGAUUCCAAGCAAAACAGCAUCAAUAGUCUUAAUAACGAAACCAAUAAUUCCAACUAGCAAUAUUAAAAGUUCGAUAAUUUCGUACCUAUGCGUCCUUUUUCCAACGACACUAGAAUAAUGUAUAUAUACACGAAUCAAGUUAUAAAGGCCGGAAGAAUGUGUCAAUGGAAAGAAGUAUUUAAAAAUGAACUUCUACUUUCCUAUAGGAAUUUGUCCACAGAUCCAUGCGAAUUUAUGAUUUACAAACCUGCUUCCAGCUAACCGUAUCUAUGUAUCAAAUAUAUAUAUAUUUUUUUUUCUACUUUAGGUAACAUAUUGCAAUCAAUUUGGAUUAUUGUAUCUGUUGAGAUACACGAAAAUCGAAGCAUUGGAUUUUCUAAUAAUAAGACUUUAUACACAAGAGCCUAAACGAAGUAGCAAAUACAUUUUUACUUCAGAUGAUGAUUAUAAAUAAUGUAUUUUUUUCUUUAACAUUGAAAUUGCAAUAUACUUAUAUAUAAAUAGAAUUCAGUCAAGACGCACACUAAUCAUGUCAAGUGCCAUUGAGAAUAAAUGAACUUUUCAAUAAUUAAAAUUCAAUGAUCGAAGCAUUGUGAAUUGCUUUUCGUUUCGCAAUAUACGAUAAAUUUUCAGUACUUAUUAAUUAUACUUGUCGAAUUGGUAAUGAUGGAGUUGCACCAGUCUUCAAUCAUUCUUGGGUGGUAAUGGAAAAGAGAAAAAAUAGGGUAUUAGUAUGUAAACGUAAAAAUAAAUGAGUCAGGAACAAGAGACUGCCUCGAAAUGAAAAAAAAACUAGAAAUUUUGGUAAAUUAGUACAGCGUAAAAUCAUAGAUGAUAUAAUUUUAGGGCAUAAUACAUUUCUUCGUCGGUUGACGUCCACGAAAUUUGGACAAUUUAUAAAUGAAUUUAUACCGAUCUUUUGAUACACGUCUGGAUUAAAUAGAAAGACGAUAAUUAGUGUAUAAUUGAAGGGGUACUUGUAAUGAAUUUAUUUAAAUGAAAAACAAUGGAAAAUUAAUAAGCACGCAUGCACAUGCAUAAGUAUGCGAGAUAUUCAACGAUUUUUUAUUUUUCAAGUUAUUGAAUAUUUUAUGGAGCUAUCACGAUGUGUAACUGAAGUUAUGAUUUUGUUGCUGACAUAUUUAAAUAAAAAAAAGCCGGAAUCAAACCGUUUUUAUUCAA